AAUACAAAUCACUGAAAACAAAACGACAGAAGCCUUAACCGUGCAUCGCAACACACACUAGUGUUGUUGCUUUCUCUUGUCACUUCCAUUUCCAUCUUCACUGUACUCAUUCCGAGUAACCCUUAUUUCCUUCGUCUUUCUACUCCCUAAUUUCACCUUCCGCCUCCGUAAUUCCUCGCCGGAGCUUCUACACCUCACCGCGUUGGUUCUUUCUUCUGUGUGCUGUGUUAAUUAGGACAUGCUUAAAUAAAUCUGGUUCAUAUGCCGAAUAGGAUGUUGGAUCACCAAUCUGGCCAGGGAUUUGUUUCAGAUGGUAGCCACCUUGAUGCGCUAGCAGAAAUCAAUGAGAAACAUGAGAGAGUAAAAGAUGAGUUUUCAAACAAUUUAGAAUUAUGUGCAGGUGAAGCUGAAGAGUUUGUCGAACAACCUGUACUAGAUUCAGACGCAUUAGAACCAUUCAUAGACAUGCAGUUCAACUCAAGGGAGGAAGCCAGAGAAUUUUACAAUGCCUAUGGUAGGCGGAUGGGAUUUACAGUACGAGUACACCAUAACCGACGUUCACGAGUAAAUAACCAGGUUAUUGGUCAAGAUUUUGUUUGUUCGAAAGAAGGCUUUCGUGCAAAAAAGUAUGUGCACAGAAAAGAUAGAGUGCUUCCUCCUCCACCAGCCACCCGAGAAGGUUGUCAAGCCAUGAUAAGGCUGGCUUUACGGGAUGAAGGGAAGUGGGUUGUCACCAAAGUUGUGAAGGAGCAUACACAUAAACUGAUGAGUCCUAGUGAAGUUCCAUGGCGAAGAUCUGAGAAACAUUUGGUUAGUGAGGAUGAGAAAGAUAGGAGAAUCCGUGAGCUAUCGCUUGAGCUGUACAACGAAAGGCAGAAGUACAAACGACGUUGUGCAGCGUAUGAAGAACAGUUAAAUAUGAUUCUGAACGAUUUGGAAAAGCACACAGAACACAUUUCUAAAAAAGUUGCUGAUGUAGUCCGAAAUAUAAGAGAGAUCGAGGAAGAAAAAUCAGAUUCAAAAGGCAGGUAAAUGAUGCCAUUAUAGCACAUUCCAUUGCUACCAGACAUCCUGGUGGAUAGUUAGUCCUAUUCUCAAUUCAAAGUUUUUGAUAUAAUUAUCAACAUUUGGCUUGAAGUUAUGUUGUGGUCAUAUUAAAACUUCAUGCAGUAUAUAGUUUACCAAGAAAUUCAUUUUCUGCUAUGUAUCGUAUCGUGUUGGGGAUUAAGUACUUAAAGCUUUAACAUGUUCUUGUUGAAAAGUGUUUCUCUCA